AUGGGCCGCUUCUGGCGAUGUCUCGGUCUCUUGAGCCUCGGAGGAUUUGGCAGCAUGGUGCUGCAGAUCUACCGAAUACACCCGCCUCCAGUGCCAAAGACACCACAGAUCGACCAGUUGGUUUUGGUCUCAGGAUCCACAGAAGACUCUCUGGCUUCCCGUGGAGAGAAAGAGCAAACCGAGCAAGCCGAGCUAGCUGCAAAGCCAGCAGCAGAGGCAGCAGACGCGGAGCAAUCCACAAGUGUGCCACGCGCUGCAGUACUGUUCAUCGGUGCUGCACGGGCCAUGGUGUGGCGGGCAGUCUGUGAGAAUAUCAAGAGUCGCUUUCUCGAGGCUAUAACGAGGCCUGUCCCAGGACAGCCAUCAUGGGAAAUCGAUGUCUUUUUCUUUUUGGCCUUGGAUGAUCCUCCGGACGGCAAGAUCGACCAGUGGCGUGUGCAGCGUGACGCCCAAGCAUCACAGCUUCAGUAUUGCAAAGACUUGCUGAAGCCAGUCCAUACGGAGUGGAUGCCUCCGACCUACGAAAUGCCAAAGCAUCACAACUGCAGCGCCGGGCAGGAGCCCAGCUAUGCAGUGCAGACAGAGCUAUGGCACGUCCCAGGUGCAAGCGAGCGCAUGUAUUCACAGUGCUAUCGACAACAAGCAGCUUAUGACUAUGUUUUGAAUGUCUAUGAGCCGCAGCAUCAGGUGAGAUAUGCAGCCAUGAUCCGAGCAAGACCCGACAGUAUUUACCUGCAAGAUGUACCACCAAUUCCUCACUUCAAUCUCUCCAGGAUCACAACGGCCUCCACGGCUCCGGGCGAUCAUUGGCACAUUGUGCACCGAGGCUGCAGUGGACCAAAGCGUCGACAUUGCCUGCGAUGCCAAGGCGAGGAAUACGAUGACUUUUGCCCCAAGGGCACUCUGAAUGUCACGGAUGUGGCAGUGCAAGCCGUCGUGGCACGGGAGAAACCUAUCUCCUUUGCGAAGAAGAUGAAGAUCGAACCACCGCAUCGCGGAGGCAAAAGCAAGGAGUACGGCAUGCUGGUCCUGGAAUGUGACAGGUGGAAGAAAUACUUGCUGCUAGCUUCUCCGAAUGAAUUCGAGAGGGACAAAAGUGCCUGCAGUUCCCUGCAGGGCACGUUUCUCGCCGCUAAGCCGCCUUCAGAGCAGAGUGGCAGUUCAUCCGCUGAGCGGCAGCACGCAGUGGCGGUGUUGAUCAUUGGGGCAGCGCGGGCCUUGGUGUGGCCGGAGGUCUGUCGCAACAUCCACCAGAACCUGCUGCAAGGUUUGGCAUCGCCAGAUGCCAAGGGGCAAACUUGGCGCGUGGAUGUCUUCUUCUUCCUGGCCCUGGAGGAGAGUUAUCAGGCGCGGGAUAAGACAAUGAUCCGCCAUAACUUCGAGGAGCAGCUGUUGCAACCGUGUAGAGAUUUGAUGCGCCCCGUCCAUGUGGAUUUGAUGCCUCCGAGUUAUCCCAUGCCAAGUGUUUCAAACUGCAGUGCUGGCCAUGAUCCGUGGUACGUGUAUCCCUUCUACAAAGAAGGAGCAGAUCCAAAAAAGGUCUUGGGGGCCAACGAGCGAAUGUAUUCGCAAUGCAAGCGCAUCCAGAUCGCCUACGACUAUGUCACAGAGGUCUUUGAGCCCAGAGAAGGUGUGCGAUACGACGCUUUCAUUCGUGCUAGACCUGAUGGCGUUUUUCUGCGCCCAGUGCCUUCCAUGUCCAGCUUUGACAUCUCAAAGCUAACGAUUUCUUCUUCAGCUCCUGGAGAUCAUUGGCACCUCAUCCAUCGCGGUUGUUUGGGUCCCUUUGAGCGCCGAUGUUUGUGCUGCCGCGGAAAGGAGUUCGACAAGAAGUGCCCCAAACCGACGAAAGUCUAUGAUGUUCGCGUGCAGGAAGUCAUUGCACGAGAACAUCCUGCGGAAGUGAUCCGCAGCCUUCCACAAAGUGCAGCUGUCACGUUACCACAGCGAAGCGCAGCCAACGAGGCUUUUGGAUAUCUCUGGUUGGAGUGCGAUCGUUGGGAGAAGGUAUUGAACGAGUCGCAGCCAAAGAUCUUGGCGAAGGAUCCAUCUCUUUGUCGAAGACUUCAGCAACGUCUCGUGGAAACCACGAAUCUUCCCACUUGA